AUGGCUUGUCCAAAUGUUGUUCCGGACGUCGUGGUUCCCGUGCCUCCAUUCCAUUAUCUUCAUGUUCUUGAUCGAAACACCAACAUAACAAGACUUGUUACAGGACCUUUGACAUUUAUUCGCAAAGAUCAUGAGAGUAUUGUGCAGAUGCCAGAAAAAAUGAUAACGGUCACUGCUAAAGAGUAUUGCAUUAUCCUUAACCCUGUAAAGAGGAGUUCUGAUGGCAGCAUUAUUACAGAAAAUGGUCAGGUCCUCCUAGAUUUCGGUGAGGAAGAGUAUCGAUUCGCACAGCCGCCUUUCCCUUUAUAUCCCGGGGAAAAACUCCAAGGAGAUGUCAGUCCUUUGAACAUACUGCCUCCGAACGAGGCCUUGCUCUUGCGUGCAACUGUUGCUUUUACCGACAAUGAUGGAAGUGAACGGAUUCCUGGUGAACAGUGGCUCUUUGAAGGACCGGGUGUGUAUAAACCCCGCAAAGAGGUUACUGUUCUAUCUCAACGAUCGGCUGAAAUGAUAUUGCCCAAUUCCGCUCUGUUAAUUGAAGCUCUGAUGAAUUUUACUGAUAGAAAUGGAAGAAAACGAGUUUGUGGAGAGAGGUGGCUAGUUAAGGAACCAGGCUCUUAUAUGGUUGGGGCUUAUGAAAAGUGUGUGGAAACUUAUCAUGCAUACAAUUUGGAUGAAAAGCAUGCCCUCCACGUCCGUGCCUUGAAGUCACACAUUGAUGAUUUUGGCCGCAAACGACGUCAUGGCGAGGAGUGGCUAAUUACAUACCUUGACACCGAGAGUCACAUUCCGAGCGUUAACGAGGAGGUCGUUUGUGUUGCUGAACCCAUUGUUUUAACCUCCCAAAAUUACUGCAUCAUUUGCGACCCUGUAGACGAAAAGGGUGUGCCGAAUGUUGGGAAAAAAAUGCUUGUACGAGGCGAGAAAACUUUUUUCCUUUUACCGGGUGAGCGCCUCCUCCAGGGCAUUCAGAGCGUCUAUAUUUUGGGCGAAGAGGAUGGAUUGAUUAUUAGGGCUCUGGAAUCCUUCAUGGAUGGCGACGAGCAUCGCGCAGCGGGUGAAGAAUGGAUGUUGGUUGGUCCAUUGGAAUACGUUCCGCCGAUUGAAGUGGAGGUCGUGAGUACACGUAAGGCCAUCCCUCUUGGUGACAACGAAGGUAUCUACGUUCGCGACCGCAUCAGUGGAAAGGUACGGUCUGUAGUUGGUUCGACAUAUAUGCUUACACACAACGAGGAGCUUUGGGAAAAGACUCUACCGCCAGCUGUGGAAGAAUUAUUGCGAUCGACGAAAGACCCCUUGGCUGAUAGAUCCGUCGCAUCGGGUCGUGCAAGACCGGUGAGAGGAGGAGAUGCGGAAGAAUCGCGUUCGUCCAAGUUUGACCCCACACGAGUUGUGAACUAUAGAGUGCCGCACAAUGCAGUUGCGCAGAUUUAUGAUUACAAGCGCAAACGGGCUAGAUUUGCCUUUGGUCCAGAACUUGUGAUGUUGGAUCCAGACGAGGAGUUCACUGUGCUGAGCCUUAGUGGUGGCAAACCAAAACGCCCCAAUAUGAUCCGCUCCAUUUGUCUCCUCCUUGGACCCGACUUCUGUUCUGAUGUGCUAAUCGUAGAGACUGCAGAUCACGCUCGCCUCUCCAUCCAACUCUCCUACAACUGGCAUUUCGAAAUCUCGCCAGAAAGAACUGCCGAUGAAGCAGCGAAACUAUUCUCCUUGCCGGACUUUAUAGGCGACUUCUGCAAAGCUAUUGCAGCUCGCGUCAGAGGCAGUGUUGCUUCAGUUAACUUUGACAUAUUUCACAAGAACUCGGCAAACAUUAUUCGUGAGGCUGUGUUUGGGAAGAACGCUUCUGGUGAGAUGUGUGAAAAAUACGUUUUCUCACAAAACAAUCUCGUGGUUACAAGUGUCGACAUUCAAUCGGUUGAGCCUGUUGACCAGCGCACUCGUGAUGCUCUGAUGAAGUCGGUUCAGCUGGCCAUUGAGAUAACAAGCAAUUCUCAAGAGGCCGCUGCUCGCCAUGAGGCGGAACGUUUGGAGCAGGAGGCUCGCGGUAAAUUGGAGCGGCAGAGAAUAGAAGAUGAGGCCUCAGCUGAAGAAGCAAGAAAGAGUCUUUUGGAGUUGCAAGUGCAAUUGGCAACUCUUGAAAGCACUGGACAGGCAAAAUCUGAGGCUCAGAGCAAAGCAGAGGCGAUGCGCAUCGCCAGUCAAGCUGAAGUUGAGAAGGCGCGUCUAGAGGCGGAAGCAGAUAGCAUCAAAACGGAUGCCGAGAUAAAACGCUUAAGAUUAGCCCGAGAGUUAGAGCUUGAGUUCGUGCAAAAGAAGAACGAUCUCGCGCUGGAGCGUAGACGCCGGGAGCUUGAAAUGGAGACGGAGUUCUACCUACAAAGGGUUCAGGCAAUCGGUUCCGAGAAUCUGAGGCACAUUGCUUGCGCAGGCGUAGAGCGUGAUGUGCGAAUGUUGAAAGCCUUGAAUUUAAAGAGCACCCUUAUUACCGAUGGAAAAACACCCAUAAACCUACUCGAUGCUACUGCUGGCUUGAUUGGCCAGACCUCGGGCAUUGUCCACAAUCCUGCUCUCUCGGGCUCAUCUGAGGAGGCGCCUCAUGCGGAGUGA